AUUGACCUUCACUCUUCACUUCCUACCUCUGCUUCCUUCUCCAUCUCGCCCUAUAUCUUGUUCUCCCAAAAACAAUGAAAUAAAAUAGGGCAUUCAUCUCAGAGCCUUCGCCUCUGGUUCUCGAAGCCUCGCCUAUGACAUGGGCCUGCUAGGCAACGAUGAACCAAAAUCUGACUGCUUUCUCCAAUACUCUGUGAGUGUGAUCUGGAUUUGAAUAUAAGUUUCUUAGAUGUGCUGUCUGGGUUUGAAAAUUUGCCUCCCCUUCAUGAGUUAGCAAUCUGGGUUUGCAUGUGUUGAAUAUUUCAUGGUUAUUCGCCUACUGCAAUAUAAAGUCUUCCCCUUUUGUUUUGAUUCUACAUUUGAUUCGCUUCUGUUAUUUGUAUUUGAUUGAGAGUUUUGAUUAUGUGUGUUUCAAUUUUGAUUCUAUUUAUUUUGUAAUUAUUUGUGUUGUUGAUGGAUUUUAUUUCAUUGCCAUUGAGAAUUUGAGUAUUGGCUUCCAUUUUAUUCAUAUGCUAUUGAUGAGAUUCUCCACCUACUAUUUCGCAAAGAAGAGGGAGAUGGGAAGAAACAGAAAAGAGAAAACACUAUAGGGCUCCCGCGCCCUUUUGAUCAAAGGCCGCUGGCAAACACGCUAAAGGAAGACGGCAAAAGACGCAGCAGAAGCCUGUGGCAGAUUUACACAUAGGCCCACAGAUGCAAGAGGAGAGGAGGCCCUGUACAAAUGCAGGCAUGUAAUCGCAGCAAUCUGGUAACGUUCGUAAGCAAUGCAUUACAAAGGAAAUUUACACAUUCACCCCAUAUCAUGCUGCACGGUAAGGUAAACGAUGAGGGCAGAAAUGUCAUUGAAGAUCCUCCUAAUCAAUUGCAAUUCUACUUCGCAUUUCACUGUUAAUUUCUAGAUAAAAGUAAAACCCCAAAACUACGGUUUCUUUCCCCAGCCGCAGCCUGCAGCAUCUCCACCAUUUCCGUUCGGCCGCGCUUUGGUUCAUCUCCUCCCUUAACCCCGGAGCUUCUUGGAUUCUCUUCUUCCCUUCAGUUCCUCGAACUCAAAACAACCUUUCCCUUCAAUUCGAUUCUCUGUUCUCCUUUGUUUCGAUUCUCUAUUAAUAGUCCUCGCUUAUUCCCUUCGGCAAUAGCUGGCAUCUGGGUCUGACAUUUACUCAGUUCUUCCUCUCGUCUCAACUAAGGCUCAAAUUUGAAAAAUGCAAGAAUAUGCCAAAUUCCAUAUUGUGAGGAUGUUUCUCCAGAACCUUAAUCAUUGCAAUCAUAGGUUGAAGUCAACAUCAUCACCUAUUUAUCUUAUUCGAAAUUUCUCACUUUGGUCCAUGAAGAAGGAUCCUGAUCUUGAGUCAGCCCUUUCACGAAACCGAAGAUGGAUAGUCAAUAAUCAAAUCAAGAACAUAAUAUUUAGAUACCCAAACCAGGUGGUACCUGUCAAUUAUCUCCAGAAGAAGUUCAAGACUCUUGAUCUUCAAGGAAAAGCUCUCAAUUGGCUUAAGAAGUACCCUUGUUGCUUUUCAGUGUUUCUUGGGAAUGAUGAGUAUUAUUGUCGAUUAACAAAGCCGAUGAUGUUUUUGGUGGAGGAGGAAGAAUAUGUGAAAGAAAAGCAGGAACCUGUGUAUGUUGAGCGGUUAGCUAAAUUGUUGAUGAUGAGCACGAGUCAACGACUUAAUGUUGUCAAACUUAAUGAGCUGAAAAGAAAUUUUGGAUUUCCUGAUGAUUAUUUGAUUAGAAUUCUACCAAAGUAUCCUGAUAUGUUUCGACUUAUUAACCAUAGUGGGAGAAGGAGCUCAAUGGAGAUUGAGCUUGUAUCAUGGUAUCCAGAAUUUGCAAUUUCUGCAAUUGAAGCAUCAGCUCAAAAGCAGGGUUGUGAGCCGUGUUUUGCAUGCACAUUGCCUUCAACUUGGGUUAAAUCAUGGGAGAGAUUUUGUGAAUUUAAUUCUACUCCUUAUAUUUCACCUUACGCGGAUCCAAUAGGUUUACUGGAAGGUUCAAAAGAGAUGGAGAAAAGAACUAUUGGUUUAGUACAUGAGCUGCUCUCGCUGACUUUAUGGAAGAAGGUAUCAAUUGUGAAACUUGGUCAUUUUAGAAGAGAGUUCAGUUUACCAGAGAAAUUGAAUGUUUUGCUGCUCAAGCAUCCUGGCAUCUUUUACGUCUCAAAUAAGUAUCAGAUUUAUACGGUUCUUCUAAGAGAAGGAUAUAAUGGGGCAGAAUUGAUUGACAAGGAUCCACUUGUUAUUGUGAAGGAUAAAUUUGGGGAAUUAAUGCAGGAGGGACUUCAUGAGUAUAAUCAAAGGCACCGUUUACUCAAUCUAGAAAAAAUGAAGAAGAAAGGAAUGAUUUCUGUAAGAUCAGAGAAAAGGAAGGAUAAUAGCAUUGAAGUGUCAGAACAAGAUGAUACUGGAGAUGUAGGGGGUUUGUUCAACCCUGAGGAAAGAAAACGGUUUUAUAAAGUUCUUUUGGGUGAUGCCCCAUGAAAUAAAUCAUAUAUUUAUUUUUUUUUCACCACAUUUCACCCUGAAUUUGUUACCCUUUCGGAUUCCUAUUUUGGGUCAUUUGCUGCUAGUAAUCCAUAUUCAGAAAGGUUGUUGCUAAUAUUUUUCAUAUUCUGUAGUUCUGUAUGACUUGCAUUAUGUACUAUAUAGUGUAGUGUUGAAUAAAAGUAUCACCCAAAGAUCUGAACAGCUCAA